AACAGUGUGUUAUAACAAUGUUUAAAAACUAAGACUUUUUUUUCCAUAGGAGCAAUCAAAGUGUCUCGUACAAUUCGAAGAUCGGAUAAACUCCGUUCACGUAUAACCGGCUGCCGUGGGAAUAUACUGAUGAGUGUUUUUGUUGUUGUAACGGUUAUCUAAUCCCCGCUUGGGUGGCAAUGUUCAAAGUUCGAAGUUAUCUAACGGCAGGCUCAGAAAGCGUGCCGUUUGUACGGGGCCGCACAAUAGGAAGAGAGGUGUUAUAUACAUAAGUGAGCUUUGCUUAACAUGCCAAGAGGUGGUUAAAGUCAUUCUGUAUAAGAGGGAGUUCAACCUGCUCAGUAUUCAAAACAAAAUUGUACAAGGGUCACUCUAGAUUUUCGCGGCAACUCGAGCUCGUCGUCUCCAUUGGGUGGUGGUUUGACUUAUAGUACGCCAUUCGCUGCGCAGGAGUCGGUGAAGGUACUAAUAGCUCUACUGUGAAUGGCGAUCAGUAAGUGUCUAAAGUGAGUUGUGUCCGAAGUCUGGUCGACGUAGUCAAGGAAAGACCUGAGAUGAUGAUCUUAAGAGACGGCUCCUCUUCAAGCAGAGAUGAUUUCUGCGAAGACAGAAACUGCAUAUAGAGAAGUUCGUUAUGUUUCUUAAUAGGAAUCAUAUGGGCGUCGCUGUGUAAAUUUUGACGGGAGAUAUAAAGGGGUAUUGCCCGUCGUUAAUAUCGUACAAUAAGCAGCGUACUAGAUUAUGGAAAUUGCCGCUAGUGGUUGAGGGAGUUUCAAAAUAUAGAAAUUAAACAGUAACAGGGAGAGGACACGAACUUGCGGGAUCCCCUGUUCAAUUCUUCUAAAUUAAAUUUUUGACGGGUUUCCAAUAGUGGAACCACUCUUCUAAUUUUCCACACAUCGAUUAUUUGAAGAUUUGUCAGCGACGGUUUGGGGACAUUGGUUAGGAAGAUUACUAGCGUCGAGCCUUGGUUCUUAAGCAUCAGCGUAGUUAUCAUUAGUGAAAGUAAGUGGAGCGUAGUCUCUUGGAAUUUUGCGCAGACGUCGAGUAAUACAUCUUUUGUCAAUCGAACGGUGCAGUGUGAACUGCCGGUUAAAAAUUGAUUUGAAUUUUAACUCAGUCAUCGUAUCUCCUCAGAUUAGACAAGGUCCUGAAGUACUACAAAGUUUACUCACACCGGUGGAGAAGUUGCAAGACUUUACUACUAAUAUCAGACUACAUAACCGUUACAACAACAAAAACAUUGUAAUAUCAGGCGAACCCAUAAGGCAUUGCUAUUUAUUGUGCAGAAAGUCGCAUAGUCUAUCUAUUCCAUCAGCUCCCUCCCCCUACGAUCAGUUGUUGGCAGGAAUGCCAAAGAUCGCCUUGCGUAUUAAAUCCGUCUAAUAGCGCACCUAUGUUCGGGUGAUAUUCUCUUGGACAUUAUACUCGUAUAACAGGAGAGAUGCUAUAAUAAAUAUUUCGAGGUCGACAUCGCAUGACUGAAUUGCUAUGCACUGACGUUCGGUAGUAUCCCUGUGAUCGAUGUCGUCAUCGAUGAGAAAAAGUUGCCCAGCGUUGUGUAGUAUGAAGGCUUGGCCUCCACCAUUAUCUCGCUCCUUGUAGCAUUGACACUGAUUCACAACUCAGAAAAUCUGAUCUUCUGUUUAACCUGGUUUUCUUGAACGGCAGUUAGUUCUCUCUCGACUGUUUCUUUCGUUGCCUGUUCCCACGACAGCCGCAGUACGUGAACUAGAUGCAGUAGUGCAUUACAAAAACAACAAUAACGCUGAUGGCUUCAAAACAUAUUCGAAAUAUGGUGUGUCCAAGUAAAUCCACUGCUUCCGGUUUUGAUAUCCUUAAUAUCGAGGACUAUAUUUUAGAAAAAUAUGUGCCUCCAAAGCUGUCGGAUCCCAUUUACUCGGUUGUCUUUGUGGACAGCAUUGUUGAAAACAAGCUCACAAUUAAACAUUCACAGCUCCGAUGUACUGAACUAAUUUGGCCGUUCAGCAGAACAGGAGAUAUGCCACUGCAAGUACCUAUUAAAGCAGCACAGAUCUUGGCCGAAGCUGACGAUGAAUUAAAAGGAAAGCGGAUAUUGGAAAUAACGCUUGAUAUGGUAUCAUAUCAAACAGCCGAAGACUAUUUUCAACCUGGUGAUACAAUUGGCAUACUACCAAUCAACAACAUAAAGGAUGUACAAUUACUGCUGAAACACAUGCAUCUUACAAACAACAUUGAUGAUAUAUUCCAAUUGCAGAUUUCUACAAAGUGUAGCAAAAAAAUUGCAAAACUGCCAACAUACAUUCCUACUCAUUGUACACCAUAUCGAUUGUUACGCGAUUGCUUAAGCAUACAUGCCAUACCGAAAAAACAAUUCCUUAAUGUUUUAGCCAAUUGUUGCGAGAAUAAUGAUGAACGCGCCUUUCUCAGCUCUUUAUCCUCAAAGGAAGGUAGUUGUUACUACAACGAACUGAUUUUAGAACGUGGCCUUAAACUUCUUGAUUUUCUGGAAUUAUGUCCUUCCUGUAAACCUACAUUAGAAAUACUUAUUGAGCAUCUACCGCGCUUAUUACCUCGUCCCUACUCAAUAGCGAAUUGUCCUGUUGGGAAUGAUAUGAAACUUAUAUUCUCAAUACUCCCGGAAAAACCUGGUGUUACAACAGAUAUGUUAAACAAUCUGGCGGCACCUUUACUCAACGCUGCGAAUCCUUCAGAGUUGCCAAAAAUUACAAUGUAUGCACGACAACCAAAUCAAUUUCGUUUUACCUCACAAGAAGCCAACGAAAGAAAUCACAUUCUAAUCGGUGUAGGCACAGCUUUAGCACCUUUUUUAGGUUUUCUAGAACUAAAGGAACAACUACUUGCGAACGGAAUAUUUAAAACGUUAGGCGACACAUGGCUUUUUUCAGGUGCCAUAAAUGAAACGCACCUACCACACAGAGAACGUAUAUUAGCAUAUGAAGAAGCUGGAGUGCUACAACGCUACUUUGAGAGUUUUUCCCGUGCGCUGAGUGCCACCUAUCACUAUGUUCAGGAACAAUUAUUGGCUCAUGCAAGCGAAUUUGUAGAGUUUUUGAUGCAAGAAAAGACUGUGCUAUACAUCUGUGCUGAUGGUGGAUCGAUAUCGAAGUCAAUAGAAACGGCAGUUAUGGAAUGUUUGGUACAAGUUAAACAUAUAACACUCGAUGAAGCGUCUCAAGAGCUAAAAUUAUUUAAAGGAAAUGGCAAAUAUCGUGAAGAUUUGUGGCUGUAAUUGACUUGAAUUUCAUAACAAAGACAACACAUUAUGACUAUGAGUAGGUUAAACAAGGGCAGUUGCAUAUUAGCAUGCAUGCGUAUGUGCUUAUGCACUAGUGAAUUUCUGUGUAUGUUUUUGUAAAGAGUCUCUUGGAAUGUGUUAUAUAUGUACAUAGAAAAAAUGUAUAGUAAAUUAGUAGUCGAAUAAUAAUUUUUGGUAAUGACGUUCUUUAAAAUAAAGAUCCUAGGAACAACAAAAUUAUA